GAACCAAACAGCUCCCAUCCCAAUCAUAAUCAAGUGUAAACGAAACCCUAGUAUUCUUUGCUCGGGUCGAAAAACCUCACCUACCGGACCUUCCUCAUAUAGAUCCUGCCAUCAACAACCACUGCCUCGUCCCACGACCUCGUCACCUUCAUCGAAACUAUUUCCGUCCAUGUUUGCUAAUACAAUCUCUUCGAAAUCCUUUUAAAAAAGAUUUGAUUCAAGCCGGCGUCCUUGGCACGGGCAUUAGAGCAGUGUUGCAGUGAACUAGGGUUUACCAAACGGCCAAAAUGUCAUCGGGCAGGCCGACGACCGUUGCGGAAGGAGACUUGCAGCUAGUUGUGCAGCUGGAGAGGGCCGAGAGGCGGUCUCUUGCCCUCCCACCACGGCCCCCGGCGGCGGCGGCGGCUGGAUCGAACGCACUCGUCGAGUACGUUCCUCCUGCUAAUCCGGAAGACGAGGACCUCGAGGUCAAGCUUCGCCGCAUCAUCGAUCAUGUCCCCGUCCGUGUCAGCAAUACCUCCGGCAGCUCCGCCGGUUCCGGGUCCGGCGAUUUUCAUCAGUAUCGGCAGAUGAGACGGAAAGAACAAGACCGGCUUGCAAGGAUGGAUGUUGACCACCAGAGGAGGAAAGAACUGGCAGAAUUUAAUAUGCGAAGGGAGGAAAGACUGAAAGCUGCAGAGGAACGAACAGCAAAGAAACGUUUGAAACGCCAGAACAAAAAACAGAGGAAGAAAGAAAAGAGGACCAAAGUGAAUGCCAGCGAUGAACAGCAUCAAAACGAAGAAAAACCUUCAGAUGACAAUGGGGACUCUGAUAAUGGUGAAGCAGUGAAUUGAACGAGAUUUGACCGACACUUUUUCUCCCAACCUUUUGUUCAUACUUGGGAUUGCAAGGACAAUUUCCAUGUUGAGCAAAUGAGACAAACCAUUCUUCAGUUUCUGUAUUCUGGUAGGCGUUUUCCUUGCAUGUAUUUUGUGAAAAUUGCUCAAGAGAUACAGGGAAAAUGGAAUGGUUUAUUCGAAAUAGUGAUAGUUUAUUUUCUA